GAGUCAGCGUCAGCGUGGCCGGACUGCUUGACAGGUUGAGACUUAACAUAGAGAUGGGGUUUUUGUCCAAGUUAGCUGGUGGAAUCGCUGCUGGAGCAGUGGGCUUCUACUUGAACGGUUACCUGAACGACGACUGGCAAAACCUAGCUAUUGUGCCUGUCGGGAUUCUCAUCGGUGAGUUUGCUUCUAGAAUCACCCUUUUUGUGAAAUCAAAAUCUGGCAACUCUUCUUUGAAGGAAAAUCAUGCCUUCCUGGAAUUCUUCACACAAAUUGAAAAGCAUGCUUCUCUGACUGCUUUUGCUUAUUUAGUGGCGACCUGGAGCCAAUCUGGACCCCAAGUACUGGUUGUUGCACUCUCUUCUUUCUUGGUCAGAAGAGCUCUUCUUAAACCACCUCCAAUUGCAGUGAAGCAAUUGUACGGAAGGGAAUUGAAUGGGAUUUACUAUGGCCCAGGCAUGGCUUACAGCUACUUCUAUGGGUAUCUGAACAUUCUCUUGCCACCAUCAGAUGGAAAAACUUACUUGAACAGGAUUGAUGCAUACAUUGAUAAAAAUGUAAGCUCCUCUGGAAACAGGAUCCGUUUUCCUGAUAGACGAUUGCAAAUUUUGAUCCCCUUGUCAGGCGACUUGACUGGUAACACUAAUUUAGUGGACCACUCCUACGAUUGGCUCAAUAAAUCCAAGGAACCAUUCUCUGUGGAAAUUGACCGUGGUGGUAUCACAAAUCGAAAGUAUCACAACUCCGUGUGCUACAUCAAAGAUCCAGAGACUGCAGGGAAGCCUGUAUACACAGUUGCAGAGUUCGCUACUCCCAUUAUUACUUAUAUGGAAGCAUGCAGGCUGUCUGGUGAAACAGAUUUGUUCAGCUAUAAGAGAGAGACAGUCCUAAAUUUCUAUGAUACACUGAAGCGACUCAUUUCCAACGACAGCUCAAUCAACGAGUGCGUGAACCUGAUUCUUUAUGAUGGCUUGGAUGAGAAGGGAGAGCCAGUUAAUGUAGCAAAAGUAUUGCUUGAGAAUGUUAUGAAAGGCAGCAAUUAACAGCAUGGUUUACAAAACCAUCUCCAGCUUGAUGUAUUUCUAAGUAACGUAUAAUGCAUUGCAUAAAUAAAUAUUCUUGUACAUGA